CACGGCUACUUUCACGAGGAGGCCACGCUCUGCUCCCAGCAUCAUCCACUGCCUGGUGUCGGUGACUUUCCAGAUGACGGUGCUGAGGGACCUGGAGAAGCUGGCGGGCUGGCAUCGCAUCUCCAUCAUUUUCAUCCUCAGUGGCAUCACGGGCAAUCUGGCCAGUGCCAUCUUCCUGCCGUACCGGGCAGAGGUGGGCCCUGCCGGGUCUCAGUUCGGCUUGCUGGCCUGCCUCUUCGUGGAGCUCUUCCAGAGCUGGCAAGUGCUGGAGAAACCCUGGAAAGCCUUCCUCAACCUCUUUGGCAUCGUCCUCUUCCUCUUCAUCUGCGGCCUCUUGCCCUGGAUCGAUAACAUCGCUCACCUCUUCGGCUUCCUCAGCGGCCUCCUCCUCUCCUUUGCCUUCCUGCCCUACAUCACCUUCGGCACGGUGGACAAGUACCGCAAGCGAGCCAUGAUCAUCGUCUCCUUGCUGGUCUUCGUGGGGCUCUUCGCCUCACUGGUGGUCUGGCUCUACGUCUACCCCGUGAACUGGCGCUGGGUGGAGUAUCUCAACUGCCUGCCCUUCACCAGCAAGUUCUGUGAGAAGUACGAGCUGGAGCAGGUCCUGCACUGA